AUGUCGGAUACCAAACAACCUGUUGGAGUGCAGACUUCUUCUGCGGUUCCUGACGCCGUCACGUCUCCAUACUUCGAGCCUCCUAAGUACAACGACCCAGUUACUGUCAACAAGAAUACUGGGGAGGAUGACUCUGGUUCUGAAGCCGUUGCGGAUCGUAUCGAUACGCAGAAGAAGGGAUUUUGGGCGUACUUUACAACAAAGGAGUUUUAUAUCACGCUGAUACUUGGGCAGGUGCUGGCCAUAACAAAUACUGCCACAAGUACUUUCAGCACUCUUCUUAGUCAAGAGGGUACCUCGAUUCCUGCUUUUCAGUCUUUCUUCAACUACGUUUUGCUCAACCUCAUAUUUACACCUUACACUAUCUACCGUUAUGGUUUCAAGGGCUGGCUCCGCUUGAUGUGGCGCGACGGCUGGAAAUAUAUUAUCUUGGCUUUUUGUGACGUUGAGGGCAAUUACUUCAUUGUGCUGGCAUACCGUUAUACGACAAUGCUUAGCGCUCAGUUGAUCAACUUCUGGGCCAUCGCCGUUGUCGUUUUUAUCUCCUUCCUCUUCUUGCGCGUUCGGUAUCAUAUAACACAGAUUUUGGGUAUUUUGAUCUGCAUUGGCGGCAUGGGUGUCUUGAUUGCAUCAGAUCAUAUCACGGGCUCAAACGGAGGCGAUGUUUCCAGCGGCAACCAAAUCAAAGGCGACCUCUUUGCGUUGUUGGGUGCGAGCUUCUACGGUCUCACUAACACCGGAGAGGAAUACUUCGUCAGCAGCCGCCCCGUGUACGAAGUGCUUGGUCAGAUGGCCUUCUUCGGUAUGAUCAUCAACGGCGUCCAGGCUGGUAUUUUCGACCGUCACUCUUUCCAAAUCGCCGUCUGGAACAGCAGAGUCGGUGGCUAUUUUACCGGAUACACCCUAUGUCUUGCAUUCUUCUACUGCAUGGCGCCGCUCUUAUUCCGCCUCUCCUCCGCGGCCUUUUUCAAUAUCUCCUUGCUGACCAUGAAUUUCUGGGGCGUCUGCAUCGGCAUCGAGGUCUUCCACUACAAGAUCCAUUGGAUGUACCCGAUCGCGUUCGUCCUCAUCAUUGUCGGCCAGCUCAUCUACUUCCUCGGAAAGCGAGUCCUCGGCGAAGCCCGCAAGCCUUGGCUCGGCAAGAACCAGGAACGUGGCUUUGCGGGACUCUUCACCGCAAAGGCGAAGAUCGACUCUGUCCGCGCUAAGUUGGCUUCUAACAAUAAUCAUAAUGUUAAUGCUGGUGGUGCCCACCAUGACGACCGCACUGCGGCUACGAUUGAUGAGCGUCACUCGAAUGCCGUUUGA